GUCAACGUUGUCUAAACUUAAAUAAAGUACCCUUCAGAAACAAUAUGUCUUGGUCAAUCACAUGUAUGACGCACACAAACUGUACAUUUGAUUCAUAGCAUCACGACAACACCAGAACAGCCACCGGGGAAGUGCCACUGCAGUAUUCAGUCUGUAUGAUCCAUCAUGGAAGUAUACUGCAGUGUGUGGUGCCAGUAGCAACGCAGGCAAAUGCUGCCAAGAACAGAAUUUUCUUCACCAUGCAUAAUGAGUGUGUACUAGUGUUUUUGCCAGGCCAUUUUGUUCAUUUGUUGAAUGUCAGCUUAGAGUAUGAACCCUCACACCAUAUAUUAUACCAUGAUGUGGCUUACCCUGAUCUGACAGAGGAGGCAGGUGUAGAGAAAACUUCUUUAUCUAAAGGUGGCUUGUUGACCCAUCUGUACAGGGAGAAGUCAGGCUUCUGUCUCUUUGAAAGUGAUGAAGGAAAAGGCUACAAACUGAGUAUCAAAAAGGAAUGCCUGCAGAGGAUGUUUACGGAUUGCUACACCAACUCUACCAAGAUGGCGAUACUGAAUUACGUGAUUAUCAAGACCAAGGACUGGGGGGUUGUAAAACAGUUGAUUGAGUACAUGUGCAAUGAUAUAGCAAGCCCUGAAGUAGAACUUUUGAUGGAGGAGUUUCUUAUUGCCUCUACUUACAGUGCAAUGAGACGCCAGAUAGAGAGGGAUCAGUUGCAGCUUCUGCCUUUCACAAGUAUUGACACAGCUAGGGGACAACUUGAAAAGAAUUACAACAAUCACAAGCUGGCCCAGGUGACUUACUUUCCAAUGAAACACAGUGUAAACAUGGGUCGCAGGCACAGCUCGGGGGGAGAUUCUGGACAGAGAGCUAGGAAGUUGUCCGUAGACGAUCUCCCCGAGAGCUUGAGCCGUCACUUCAAGAUCAAACAGCAGCUGCAGGUGUCCAGGUUUGACCCGCGGUCAGUGUCCAGACUGUUACAUGCAAUGAGGGACAGGCCAGAGGAUUUUCAAAAAUCAAGUUUGUCAGAGAACCAUCUGCAGGAGCCAGGCAGGGGGAGAAGAGUCUUGAAGACACUUUCUAUGAAGUUCAGAAAGUUAAAUGAAGUCCUAACACCAAAGGUUCCCAUCAAGGCAAAGUCAGUGACCAUUGUGACUCCUGAGAGCACAAGACAAAUUUCUCCAGAAACAGGUCUGGGCAACAUGCCAGUUUUGCCUGGUGAGGAAAAAGAAGAAGAAUUUGUGUAUGAGGACCAACCCACAGCCAGCACGACCACCCAGCAACUGAGCCAGCACAUGUCAAAGUACUUGAAACAAGAUGUGCAGGGAAAGAUACAAAACCUGGCCUCAGAAUAUGUUUCUUGUCAGUUCAUCCAAUCCAAGCAGCUGUUUCACAUGCUUUGGAGUAUACUUAACACACAGGAGAAGAUUGUGCACUUGUAA